AUGUUGAGAGGACCUGCACCCAUUGCUGCAAUCACAGGGAACGCGGCCACAUCUGUCCUGCUGGCGUGGCUGCCGUGGAGAGGUUGCGUUUCACCACCUCGGACUUUGGUACAUUUGGGGCCUGUGGUGUUGAAGGAAGUGUAUUCAUUUUCUUUCUUUGGACUCUCGGUAGAGACACCAAAGCAAGUCAACAUUUGUUCAACCAUCAACAUGUGCGAAAUAAGUCUACAAAAUGGAAGACUCCAGCAGCAGCAAGCCAUUUAUGGUGACAUCGUCUCUCAACUUCAAAGUUACCACUCCGUCUUUUUACAACCAGCCAAAGAAGUUUGCCUCUGUAGCACCACCACGACCCAAAAGUCAGACCCCUCCCUCAGCGCCAUCGCCAACGCCACUGGGCACUGCUGUUAUUGGUCGAAUUUCCCACCCCCCCCUCCUCCUCCUCCGCUGGAUGACGAUUUGCCAGCACCACCUCCUGAAUGCCAAACCACACCUAUUGCCUUUGAUGCUCCCCCCCCCGCCUUCCCCCCCCCCCCCCCUGUGGCAGAUCACCUGCCCCUCCCAGCUCCCCCCGAGGAAAGUGUCUGUCCACCCACCUGCCAAUCUCUCCCUCCGCCCCCCCCACCUCCACCUCUCCCUGCCCCCGGCGCCUCUUUCCCCGCUGUUGCCGGGCACCCGCAGAAGCCAAUCCAGCAGCAGACGAGCUUUGACAAACAGAUUGACUCUCUGACCGACUUGUUGUCCGAGAUGGAAACCAGGGGGCCGUUCAACCCUAAGUUACCAAGCCAGUAUUCAUCAGCACCGGCCACCAAGCCCUCAGGCCCCCCACCAACUGCUCCAAAACCAGCACUCUCCUUCUUGCCACCUCCCGAGAUGGGCGACCGCCCUCCUCCUGCACCCUGGGCAGAGGAACUUAAGGCCAGGACCAACCGGCAGGCCAAUCACAACUCUGGUCCAGACUCUGCUCAGCCGUUCACAAAAGGACCGGCCGUGGCUCCAAAGUCCAGUUUUGGAGGGAGAAUGUCAACAUCAUCUGCCUCACUGGCACAGAAACUAAACCAGAACCUGAACCAGGCAGCCACUCCCGUCAACACUGUAGCAAAACCGUCUCUUCCCACGGCCAGCAGCUCGUUCCCUCCCCCUCCAGCUGCCCCGCCCGCGCCCCCCGCUCCUCCCAGCAACGCGACUGCUGUCCCCGCUGCCAACCACAUCAAGAGUUCUCCCUUUGGGAGUCAGGUGAAUUCAAUCCAAACCCCUCCUGUGGCUGGGCAGCCCCCUCAACCCAAGAUGGUGGCGUCUCCACCCUCACCUGUGAGCCAGCCAAUGAAAACCAGCCCUGCAUCAACGCCUUCACCUCCUGGCCCAGUUCCCAUCCCAGGUGCAGGCGUGCCUCUGAACAUGAAGGAAGUGGAGGAGCUGGAGAAAAUGACCCAGGACUUCAUCAAACACAUGGACACCAACCCACCCGUCAUCACCUCCCCUCCAACAGAGGUUUGCGGGAAAUGUGGCGUUGCUCUCUCCCGUACUCAGCCAGCUGUGAAGGCCAUGGACAAACUCUUCCACUCCAACUGCUUCUGUUGCAUGAGCUGCCACCGCCCCCUGCAGGGCAUGCAGUUCUACGACAGGGACGGCUCGCCGCAGUGUGAGGACUGUUACACGAGCUCCUUGGCCGUGUGUUCCCGAUGUGGGGAGAGGAUUACAGACCGAGUGCUGAAGGCAGUGGGACAGUGUUUCCAUGCCCACUGUUUCCGUUGCAGCACCUGCUCCUGCGUACUGGAGGGGGCACCUUUCAUCACCGAUGACAACAACAACCCCUACUGUGUCCAGGAUUACCACAGGCGUUUCUCCCCUCUGUGUGUGAGCUGCAAUGAGCCCAUCAUCCCGGCCCCAGGCAGCGAGGAAACCGUCAGAGUGGUGGCCCUCGACAAGAACUUCCAUCUCAAGUGUUACCGCUGUGAGGACUGUGCUCGUCCCCUCUCUAUCGAAGCUGAUGAAAAUGGCUGUUAUCCACUGGAUGGCAAGAUCCUGUGUAUGAAGUGCCACACCCAGCGAGCCAAGCAGGCUGCGAACUUCACCAUCGAGUCCAGUCAUUGUCACGGCCUGAACCUGAGAGGGCGCUUGAGCUUCCACAACAGCUGCUAUUGGAGUCCACCCUCCAGCACCAAGCAAAGCCAGUGUGGAUAAAACAUCAAAGGCUCCUUCUCCUGCUUCUGGGACUGUCUUUGCUUUCUGCCGUUUCGGGAAUGGUCUACUACGUGCACCACAGCCUUCACCAUGGGAGCAAUAACAAUGCCCCACCUGUGACUCCGUGUCUCUCUCCAGCCUGUCAGCGGGCCGCGGCUCGUCUGUCCGUGUCCGCCGAUCCCUUCACACAGCCCUGUGAUUACUUCAUGUUUACAUGCAGAUCUGACAGACUUUCACCAGACAGUGGAGGCAGAUAUAGAGGCCAGGGCAUACCGGAGCAUCCACUAAACCCAAAUGAAAAGACAGAACACAGAGGACCGACAGACGAUAGAAGCCUGAGCAGGAAAGCUGCUCUGCUGCAGUAUCUGCGGGACAUUUUAGAGACCAAUGGCACUUCGGGUCGCUCAGCUGUACGGAAGACUAAAGACUUCUACCAUUCAUGCUUGGACACAAGAUCGAUAGAGACCGCAGGAGCAGAGCCUUUCCUGGAACUUAUCCAGAAGCUGGGAGGCUGGCGUGUGUCAGGGGAGUGGAAAAAGACCGACUUCAACUCCACCCUCAGUCUGCUGAUGAGGGACUACGCCACUUUUCCAUUCUUCAACCUCUACGUGGGCAAAGACCCGAAUGAAACAUCCCAUGGAAUGGCCAAAAGAUACAUACAGAUUGAUCAGCCAGAUCUGCUGAUCCCUAUUGAAUGGAACAGCAAGACCCAGAAGUCGAAGGCCAAAACUGAGACUCUUCGUCCUUUCUUGGCAUUGUGUCAGCGGUACCUGGCCCUCCUGGGAUCCCCGCAGAGCAGAAGCAUGAUCCAUGUGGGCAUGUUUAUUUCUCUUUCCUCUGAGCUUGCCGUGGCUGCCUCGCCUCUGCACUAUCGUCUGGUGAAAGGACAGCUCCAUCAGCGCAUGACCAUCAAAGAGCUGCAGAGACAGGCCCCUGCCAUCAACUGGCUGGACUGUCUGCAGGCUACUUUCCAUCCACUGUCGCUCAGCGAAGACGAUCAUGUCCUCCUACAUAACUUACCCUACGUUGUUCAGAUGUCCCGCAUCAUUAACAAGUGGCUGAACAAGCGGGAACUGAGCAGCAGUGGCCCCCUUCACACAUUUAUGGUCCUCAAUCUGCUGCACACCCUAAUGCCUGCCAUGGACUCCAGAUUUUCUGAGACUGCAAAGAAUUUUUCAAUUGCUUUGGGAAAUUCUGAUGAGCAAGUCCCUCGCUGGAAAUACUGCGUUCUGGAGACUGAGAGGGGAUUUGACUCAGUCCUCACACACCUGCUCAGUGAGAAGACUGCCCACAGAGAGGCAGAGACGGUGAUUGCAGAGGUUUUUUCCGCCUUCAAAUCCAAAUUACAUGAGCUCAAAUGGACUGAUCGGAAGUCUUUUCGGGUUGUCAUGAAAAAGGUUUACUCUUUAAUUCCAAGACUGUGGACAUCAGGAGAAAUCUCUGAUGUAGAUCAGCUCGACCUGCUUUUAUCUGAGGUGACAGUCGGCACCCAGAGCUACUUCUCCAACUACAUCCAGCUGCUGUCUCUGUGGCAAAGGAGACGCAGCAAACUCUUGACGACUCAGGCUGAAGCUGCUGAUAUUCUGUCUGUCACACCAUUUCUUCUGGGUAAUGAGCUCCUCUUUCCACUGGGAAUGUUCAUCCCCCCCCUUUUCCAUCAGUCUUACCCAAAAGCCUUGAAUUAUGGUGCGUUGGGUUUCCUCAUUGCCAAAGAUAUCUUCCAUCUGCUAGUGCCUGAUAUCUAUUCUCACAGUGAGACCGUGCAUGAUGUGGGGGAAUGUGUGUGGGCUAAUUAUCUGAAUAUGACGGAAAAAGCAGGCAGAGGGGGGGUGUUUUCCCUUUCAGCGGCGCAGCAGCAGGAGGUGUGGGUGCAGUACUCUGCUCUGCAGGUGGCUCUGCAGGCUUAUGGUCAAAGCCUCAGCCACCGUCCAAGUGACACCUCCCUCUCUGGGCUGUCGCACACUCGUCUCUUUCUCACAUCAUUUUCUCAGGUAAACUGUGAUGCUGACCCGUACCAUGAAUCCAUGCCCUUGGAGCCGUCCUUCUUGAUUGUAAUGAUUUGUGCCAAAUCCGACUUGUGUUCAACAAGCCUACAAUGCUCCAUUGAACCCCCGAAGGAUUUAUCAGAGACAUGCUGAGCAGCCCUCUCUAAUAACAAGCAGGACUUUGUUUAUGAAGCCAUAUUCUGGGUUCUGGAUGUUGGAAAACUGCUGUUCAGUCAAGUAUAUGCAUCAUAGGUUUACCUUUCAGUUUUUUCCAUUCAAACCACAAUUUCCGUAUUCCCUGUAGAUUUUUUAGUUGUUAUGAUGCGUUUGCAGAUUGCAUUGAUUGCACAAGCUGUUUAAUACUCAUUUAAUGGAGAAUAAACUUUUAAAAUGUUGUUUUAAUGUUUCUUUUUAAGCAAUAAAGCAUAAAUUCUCUGAAUGAGCACAUCAAUGUAAAAAACCUUCUACCUGUUUAUGGAAGAUGCUUACACUUGAGGUCAAACACAACCUGCGUAAAUGUUAGAGGACUGGGAGAUAUUCAUUUGACCUCUUUGGGGCAUCAUUUUAAACAGAUAAUAAAAAUAAAAAGCCUUGUCAAUAGAACAGCAAAGAAUUGGAAAUAAGCCUUUCUGUGAGAGGUGACUACUUGGACUGACUAAUCUGCAGAUAUCAACAUCUGUGACCUUAAUAUAUGUUAUUUUUGAGGAAAAUCACCAUUCCUAAAGGAGCAGCUGAACACGUGUGACAGGGA